CAUUUCCAAACUUUGCGUGCCGGCAAUAAGAUUAAAUUGCCAUUGUUGCCUAGGCAAUGCUUCGACAAAUGCGUAAAAAUAAGUUGAUACACAGGCAGUUGAAAGUCGGAUCCCUAACAGCAAAAAUAUACCCCUACGCACUGUUCGAGCUUCCUUACUCGAAUGUUUUUCUAUUUUUGUUGAAGUAUUACAAAAAAAGUUGACAAUGAAUAAUUUAAAGUUCAUGCAAAUGAUACAGCAAAUAUGAUACAUUUUACGCUAAUUUAAUGGAAAAACAAUGGUUGGCCCACGUAUUUAUAUUUUUGGUUUUUUCCGGUAAGUGUCGUCAGGUUCGUCAGUUAGAUCUGGUACAUCUCGGAUGAAAUGAAGUUCUUUAUCUGGCUUUCACUUUUAUUGGCAUGUAGUGGGCUUAAAGUAACGGAGGAUAACAUAAUAACAGAACUGUGCUUCAAGCCGUACACUGGACCAGCCUGCCAGAAAAUGAAAACAUUUUAUUGGAACAAAGAUAAGAAAGCCUGUUCGAUUUCCAAUUAUUUAAUGGAGCCAUGUGGCUUCUUCCACAAAAAGGAAACCUGCAAUACAAUAUGCUCCAAGGAAUCAUGGACUUUACCUGAUUUAGAAAAAUAUGUUAGCAAGUUGCCUUGAAAUAUAUUGAGUUAAAAGUCA